UUGAAGAAGGCCAGAUUUAUAAGGACAAAAAGCUCUUAAAAUCUGCUCUAUGUUAUUAUGCUAUGAUCCACAACUUCCAAUUCAAGACAAAAAGAUCUGAACCAAGAGAGUACCUGGUAACCUGUGUGGAUGACAAUUGUAACUGGUUACUUAGAGCUUCAAAGUUCAGGAAAACAGAAACAUUUAAAGUCAGAAAGUAUGUAAAAACUCACACCUGCUCCUUGGAUAUCAUUAUGGAAGACCACAGGCAGGCUAAUUGCAAUGUCAUUGGGGAACUAAUAAAAUCAAAAUACAUGUCAAUAAAGAGAGUACACACACCACAUGACAUGAUCAACGACAUGCUAGAUGAUUUUGGUGUUUCAAUGGGGUACCAAAAAGCCUGGAGAGCAAGAGAAAAAGCUUUAGAAUUGGCAAGGGGAAACCAAGAUGAUUCAUACCAAAAACUUCCCAUCUACCUUCACAUGCUAAAAGUAUCGAACCCAGGUACAAUUACACACCUGGUUACAGACAAUACAGAUCACUUCAAAUAUAUGUACCUAGCAUUUGCAAAUUCCAUCAAAGGAUGGAAACACUGUAGGCCAGUCAUUGUGAUAGAUGGAACUUACUUGAAGACAUCAUUUGGGGGAACUUUAUUCACUGCUUCAACAAUGGAUGCUAACAACAACAUAUUCCCAUUAGCCUUUGGAAUUGGAGACUCUGAAAAUGAUUCAUCAUGGUUAUGGUUUUUCACAAAGCUAAAGGAGACAUAUGGAGAAAGAGAAGGUAUGGCAAUCAUUUCAGACAGGCAUAAAAGCAUAGAAAAUGCUAUAGACCAUGUAUACCCAAAAGCUUUCCAUGGAGCAUGCAUAUUCCACCUGUUAAACAACAUCAAAGUCAAUUUUGGUGUCCAUGGGGAGGACCUAAACCUAAACUUUGUCAAAGCAGCAAAGGCAUACAGGGUACAAUCAUUUGAGCAUUACAUGCAUGAAAUAGACAAGAUUGACACACGCAUAAGACCGUAUUUACAAAAAAUUGGAUAUUCAACUUGGUCUAGAUGCCAUGCUCCAACAAGAAGAUAUACAAUGAUGACAUUAAUUAUAGCUGAAUCAAUAAAUGCUGCAUUGAAAGCUGCAAGAACGCUGCCAAUCACUACAAUGAUGGAGGGCCUUCGAAGUUUAGUUCAAAAAUGGGUAUGGAAAAAUGGUAACGAAGCAAACGGAACAUUCACACAAGUAACAACAGAUACUGAAACUGUGCUUAGAGAAAACUUUAUUCGUGCCAUUAAAUUUCAGGUCUUCCCAGUAAACACUAUACUGUACCAAGUUGUGGUUGAACAGAAAGGAAAUUUUUUGGUCAACCUAAUGGAGAAAACAUGUGAAUGCAAAAGAUUCCAACAAGACGAAAUACCGUGUGCACAUGCAAUAGCAGUAUUCGCCAAAACACGGCUGAAAACAUAUGAUUAUGUUGCUGAUUACUACAAAACUACAACUAUGAAAGCAACAUAUGACUCAAUUGUUCAUCCAUUGCCAAAUGAAGGCGAAUGGACACUCCCAGAGACUUUAAACAUAAUUGUCCUACCACCAAAAUCAAGAAAACCACCAGGCCGCCCUAGAAGGAAAAGAAUCAGAUCUAGAGGAGAACCAAAGGUGCAAAUAAAAUGUGGAAGAUGCGCACAGCAAGGGCAUAACAGAAAAACAUGCAGGAAUGAACCAAUCCCAAAGCUGCGAAACACAACAAAGUCAAAGAAAAUAGACAAAUAA